UAUAUCUAACAAUAGAUCACCGCUUAAAACCCCCCUAAUCAUCAGAGCAGACAAAGUCUGGAGGCUAGGGUUAUCUCUCUUCGACCCACACAUUCUCUCUCUCGCAAGCUUGGAAUCAGUCAUGUCUGCCAACAACUCUGCUUGUAAGGUCUACAUCGGUAACUUGGAUGAGAAAGUAAGCGACAGAGUGCUGUAUGAUAUUCUCAUUCAGGCGGGGCGUGUGGUGGACUUGUAUAUUCCUAAAGAUAAGGAAACUGAUCGACGGAAAGGUUUUGCCUUUGCUGAAUAUGAGACUGAAGAGAUUGCAAGCUAUGCUGUCAGGCUUUUCUCUGGCCUUGUGACUCUCUACAACAGGACACUGAAAUUUGCGAUUUCUGGGCAAGACAAGCCCUCUCCAAACUUGUCCACAGCGACCACGCCCAUGUUGAAUUCUUCUCCCAAAGUGGGGCCACCCCCUGUGCCAUUUAAUAAUGUGGAAUCUCAACAUUCGGAAAGAUUAUCGACAUCGUGUAGGUUUUCUGAACAACCGGUAAAUUAUGGACAAGUCCGGCCUGGUGUAGUACACCAAUCUAAUGGGUAUAGAUCGCAUUUUGACGGCAACAAUUAUGAUUACAAUCGAAGAGUUUUUGGGGCAACAAUGGAUAGUAUUAACCGCUCUAGGUCAAGCCGCUUUGAUUCGAGUGUCCCAAUCAAUUAUCCAUAUUACUGAUUCUUCAAAUUAGUGAUUAACUAGAUCUUGUCUAUAUUUUGUCUCGGGCAACUCUAGCAUAGCUGUUGUGGUAAGAAAGGGAGCUUUUAGUGGAAUACAACAUUUAGGUGUGUCAGGUGCUAGUUUGUGUUACUGGUGUUGUCUUUUGUGUUGUGCUUUCAAUAUGUAGACUUUGUGAUAUGUUAUUUUUCAUAUGAUGUUAUGAUUCUCUUCAGUGUUUUGAACUUAAAAAUCCCAGGGGUAUUCAAAAUUGUUGCUUCAAAUCUUUUGUAUACAUUGAAAGAACUUUUACCUGGUGUAACAUUUAGUGGAUUGCUUACCUUCAUCAAAUAAAUAACCUCCUUUGUUUCUGUUUAAA